CCGCACUGUUCUGCCUUCUGUCGCGCCCCGACUUCCCUUGGGGAGGUUGUUUUCUUUUCAGUCCAUUAUGUUGGUUAUAUUGGAGAUUCACUCUUUUGUUUAAUUUGGCGCUCGCGAAUUGACGCUCUUUUCUGUGUAAUUCACCCUUCACCCCCUAAUUAGAUCUCUUCGCUAGACUUCCGCCCGCGAGCCGUUAUCCGCCCAUCCCCUUUGUCAGACAACUCCAACCACUCUACUCGACCCAUUGGUGGCCCUCGACUUCAGAUUGUGUUUGGUUAUAUGGAAAUUGGCUUCGCAGGCAUCCCUCAUGCCGAAUUCCAAAGCAAAACCCAGUCCUUCAGAGGGCCGUCGCGACCGUCUGACGCUUGCGAAACUGGCCAGCUAUGAUGAUGUCGCAACGGAUGCGCUGGUUGACCGGGCCUAUUUCUGGACCAACACCCGAAAGAACCGAGCCAAGUACAUUCCCAUGCGGGGCAUCCAGGACGACGACAUUGGCCAUCUCCUCCUCCACGAUGUGAUUGUCGCCAAGAACGCGCCCAAGGCUGAGAGGGAAAUACUGGCGAUGACGGGAAUGAAGAGGUUCAUGGCGAAGCUCCCGAACGAUCGCGAGCGGGAAUGGUUCCGUCGACACCUGCGCAAAUACGUCCAGAUGUACCUUCCGGACUCCCCAUUCGAGGUCAUGACGACGAAUCGCUACACUAUUACCGUACACGAAGCCGCGGUUUGCGCCCGGAAGUUCAUCAAGAAGGGACAGGAGGUCAAAUACCUCAGUGGGACGCUCGUGCCGAUGACUGCGGAAGAAGAACAGGAUUUGGACUUGACGCGCAGGGAUUUCAGUAUUGUGAUGUCGAGUAGGAGGAAGAGUCCAUCGUUUUUUCUGGGGCCGGCGCGCUUUGCGAACCAUGACUGCAACGCCAAUGGGCGGUUGGUGACCCGUGGGACUGAAGGGAUGCAGGUUAUGGCUACGCGAGACAUCGACGUUGGAGAGGAGAUUACGGUAUCGUAUGGAGAGGACUAUUUUGGAGUGGACAAUUGCGAGUGUCUCUGUAUGUCCUGUGAACGGGCGCUUCAGAAUGGAUGGGCUCCGCAAGUGGACACGGAUGUGCAAAGCCAAGCAUUAAUCCCGCCAUUGAACGACGAUAACGGCUCAGCUGAUGGCUUGCUUUCACCAAAAAAGUGCAAGGAUGCCCCUGACACUGAUUGGGAUACUUCCGGUGUUUCCACACCUCGAAAACGAGCCAAGUCCAACCGGCCAUGUUCCAAGCUGAGGUCUGAAGUGUGUCUCUCCGAAACUGCAGAUUCGAUUGAGACUGCUACGAACGAGGUGUCUAGUGAACCACUAGUCAAUGGAACAUACCCCGAAGUUACGAUUACCAAGUGCGAAGAAGAAACUAGCGAUGUUACUGAGACCACUAACCUCAACCCGGCCACGGAAUCAGGCGCACAAUCGUCUUCCACUACUGACUGCGACUCCCCUCCAUCUCUUGCGGCAGAUGAUUCUCAGCGAUCUUCAGCAUCGACAGCGGCAACUUCGGUAUGCGAAGCUCCGGUUCACGUAAAAACCGAGGACGGCACAGCAACACCAAAAGCAAGUACGACUCUCGAGAUUACCGCGGAUAACAUCGAACGACACCUGUUGAACGGUAUCAAAGGCGAGCCUUCCGAACCAUCCACCUCCCUCGAACCAGAAACCGAAGAAAAGCAAGACGGUGCCGCCCCCGGACAGCGCAAAAAACGGAAAUACACCAAAAGAAAAUGGAUAAUCCCCUCUGUCGAAGCCGUCUCGCGCGCCCGAACCCCAGGCGACUACACAAAAACCCACCUCCUCCUCGCCCAACCCUACGACCGCUGGGUCGACUGCCACACCUGCAACGCCUGGUUCGUGCAAAAGGAUUCCUACCAGACCCGUCGCGAAUGUCCCCGCUGCGAGCGCCACUCUAUGCUGUACGGCUUCCGCUGGCCGAAAACCGACAGAGAGGGCAACUCGGAUGAUGAGGAGCGCGUUAUGGAUCACCGGACUAUCCACCGCUUCCUUUACCGGGAUGAAGAGGCGCAGGUUUCAAGGAAGGAUCGAGGUGUUAGUUCUGGGAUUACGCCUACGCCGGAGCUAUCGGAUGCGAAGACUGAGACGGAGGAGAGUAGCGAUGUGAGUGAGGAGAAAAGGAAUACGAGAGCGAGUAGGAGGAGUACUCGUGGACUCAGGAUGACUAUGUGAGAUAUGUGGUGGAUUGAUAAGUAUAUGAUGAUAUCUAUCGGGCUAGGUUGGUUUGUUUAUUGGUAAGUCGGUAAGGAGUUCUAGCGUAUUUGGGAUUUAUUUUUUCAUUUACUUGUUCAUUUAUCUUCUAUCUACCUUGCUUUGGGAACUCGCAUCUAGGGCUGGAAUUGAGCGCUGUUUAAACGAUGGUUGGCUUUUGUCAUGUUUUUGCAUUUAGUCUUGUUUUUUUUUUUUUUUUUUUU